AUGCAAGCAAUGCCGGCGCCCCCGCCUUACGACCGGAACGGGAUGUACCAGGAGAUGGUCCCACAGCCAUACCCCGGGAACCAACAAGUUCAAGUGAACCCGGGCUGGCCAGUGCAGUACCAACCUCAACCCGUGUAUAUGCAACAGCCACCGCCCGGCCAACCCAUGUAUGGCCAACAGCCAUACGGUAUGCCAUACGGGGCUCCACCUGUACAGCAACAGCCUAUUAUUAUUGAAGAGGUACGUGGUAAACGAAAUGAUAAUAGUGGUGGUGGUAUGUCCAAAGAGUCCUGCUGCUGUCUGGCACUGUUAGCCGGAUGCUGUCUCGGCUGUUGUUGCGCUGAUUAA